UCACCCACCCUUUAAUUAAUUAGCUCUCUUCUCUCCUAAGCCACGACAUGGAGGAUGAUCGGAAGUUUCUCUCUUUGCCACCGUGCCUUUGCUUGGCCUUCAUUCGCGGUAAAGACGAUGAGUUGUUGACCUUCUGCCCAAUCGAAGAGAACGGAGGAGGUGUCGUUGAGAAAAACACACCUGAUCUCCUGCGCAACGAAGAUUAUACAAUAAGGAAUUGCUGUCAUGGUUGGCUAAUCCUUUCUGAUGCAGAAGAGAUUCACUACACUCUCUGGAGCCCUGCUGAGACGAUACACUUACCUGCUCUCCCUUUGAACCCUGAACAAGAAAUCGGUUACUGCAUAUUAACGUCGCCUCCAGGUAAUUCUGAUAGUAUGGUUGUGCUAUUCGAGACAACGGGACCUUCCUUUUACUAUUGUAAGGUUGGAGAUCAACAAUGGACAUGGACCGAGCAGCUCGUCGCACCCGAAUUAAAUCCUGUUACGUUCGAUGGUAGGAUAUUAUUUUGCAAUACUAAGGGAGGAGUGUGGGGAGUAGGAACGAUUGAUAUCAAUCCAGACCGUCCGGCCUUUAGCUUUUUAGGCCUGCAGGAUCCUCGUCUCAAUAUUAUGGGUGGGAGGAUCAUGAAGUAAUUGCUGUCCAAGUUUUCAAAUUGGAUGUAUCCCGGAGGGAAUGGGAGAGGGUACAGAGUUUCAAGGACAGAGCAUUCUUUCUAGGUUCUUUCCCGUUUUCAUGUCCUGCAACCCAGACAGGAAUCAAAGGCAACCAUGUUU